CCAUCAACAAUAUGGCCCACAGAGGCUGUCCGUGGUCCGGAAGAUGAGUGACGAUGAAGGGGAGAAAUUCUAUUUUGAUUAUUGGGGUUGGGACAAUACGGUUUUGUCGUCUUCAUCUACGAAAGAGGUUGGCAACUCGACGUUGACAGAAUUGGUGGCUCCUCAGCCGGCAAUAUUACUACAUACCAGCACUGAUAUGGAUUAUUUACUUGAUAAGAAAAAUGAAUACGCCAGAUCUGCAAGAAGGGCUUUAGUCAUGCUUUUGGGGAGAGAUUUCCAAUGUCCCACGGGCGCACUUGUGUCUACGUAUACGGUGACGAGGCAAUCGACGACUUUUAUUUCGUCUUCUACGGUGUCUACUGCGCCGACUGUACCGACAGUGUCGACUACAUCUUCUGCUCCUACAACCAGCACCUCAGUCUCUUCUAUUUCAUCCUCAGUAGAGACUUCUACCACCGUAACCCCUGUCCCCCCAGUACGACCUACAACCAGUUCCCAAACAACCAUAACAGGCACCGCUUCCUCCUCAUCCAGCGGAAUCUCAACCUGUCCCACAGGCUUCUACGCCUGCUCCGCCGUUUACGAAGGAGGCUGCUGCCGCACAGGCCGGAAUUGCGACACCACUUCUUGCCCGGCAACAUCUUCCACCACACUCAUCAACACGGAUGGCAUCACUAUUGCUGUCCCCACAGGUAGUGCUGCGACGACUGCGAGUGAAAGAAGCGGUUCCUGCGCAACAGGAUGGUUUAGUUGCGCUGUUUCGGUUGGUGGUGGAUGUUGUCCAAUUGGAUAUGUCUGUGGUAGUGAUUGUACAGCGUCUAGUUCGGGGAUAGCUACUGCAACGGUUGUUAAGGGACAACCUGGUGGAGGGGGGAGUGGCAUUGCUGAGAUCGCCGGUGAGCGAGCAUCGGCUAAAGACGCUCUCCAAAGUCUCCACAUUCCGGGCCGCUCCACAUCUUCAACCACGCCGAACUCCAUCUUCCUCCUCCGCCCGCUUCUCGUCUUUAUUUAUCUUUUUCUCUUGCUGCUCGCGUGGGUUGUUGAUAUAACAUCCUCAGACAACACCGCUACCAUGUCGUCCUCAACUGAAAAGCCUCUUCCUUUCGCGUACCAAUUCGCCGCCGGUGCGAUCGCGGGUGUUUCUGAAAUUCUUGUCAUGUAUCCACUGGAUGUUGUCAAGACGAGAAUUCAACUCCAAUCCGGCGCUGGUACCGGUGAAGAGGCUUAUAAGAGCAUGUUGGAUUGCUUCAGCAAGAUUAUCCGCAAUGAGGGAGCAUCGCGUUUGUACCGUGGUAUCACCGCCCCAAUCUUGAUGGAGGCCCCCAAGCGAGCCACCAAAUUCGCCGCCAACGACAGCUGGGGCUCUUUCUAUCGUAACCUGUUCGGCGUCGAAAAGGCCAAUCAAUCCUUAGCCGUUCUUACCGGUGCCACGGCCGGAGCCACGGAAUCCUUCGUCGUCGUCCCCUUUGAGCUCGUCAAGAUUCGUCUCCAGGAUAAGGCUCAAGCACACAAAUAUAACGGUAUGAUUGACGUUGUUAGCAAGAUUGUGAAGGAGGAAGGUCCCCUAGCUCUUUACAAUGGCCUCGAGGCUACGCUCUGGCGUCACAUCCUCUGGAACGCGGGUUAUUUCGGAUGUAUUUACCAAGUCCGCGAACAAAUGCCCACACCAGAACCGGGUAACAAGAGCGCCAAAGUCAUUAAUGAUUUGGUCGCUGGUGCUAUUGGUGGUACCGCAGGUACUAUUCUCAACACGCCCAUGGAUGUCGUCAAGUCUCGUAUUCAGAAUAGUCCCAAGGUCGCCGGAUCCGUGCCCAAAUAUAACUGGGCUUGGCCAUCUGUUGCCACUGUUGCGCGCGAGGAAGGAUUUGCGGCUUUGUAUAAGGGUUUCUUGCCCAAGGUGCUUCGAUUGGGUCCUGGUGGUGGUAUUCUUUUGGUUGUUUUCACCGGCGUCAUGGACUUUUUCCGUACAUUGCGCAAGGAUUGA